AUGUCGCAUUUGCAGUUACAGCUACACUCACAAGCACCAUCACUCUCUUCUUCUUCUUCCACUAGUUCUCGUUUUUCUUUCCUUAAGCUUUUCACAAACAACGCUUUCUCUUACUCUCCAACAAACUCUCUUCCUUUCAAACCCUUAACUAUCAGAUGCCGCCACUCUGACGUCUUUGAAACCACAACCAACCCUUCCUCCACCCCCAACAACCCUUCUGUUGGAGCUUUACCACCUAGGGUUUAUGUUGGUCAUUCCAUUUACAAAGGGAAGGCUGCUCUUACUAUCACUCCUAGACCGCCGGAGUUCAUGCCUUUGGAUUCAGGGGCAUAUAAGAUAUCUAGGGAUGGUUAUGUGCUGCUUCAGUUUGCUCCCUCGGUUGGUCCACGCCAGUAUGAUUGGAACAGAAAACAGGUUUUCUCGUUAUCAGUGGAUGAAAUGGGAAGUGUGAUUAGCCUUGGUGCAAAGGGCUCUUGUGAGUUUUUUCAUGAUCCUUACAUGGGAAAAAGUGACGAAGGCAAAGUCAGGAAGGUUUUGAAAGUCGAGCCUUUUUCGGAUGGUUCUGGAUUCUUCUUCAAUCUCAGUGUUCAAAACAAGCUCGUGAACGUGGAAGAAAGCAUCACUCUCCCUGUAACAAAAGCCGAGUUAUCAGUUUUGAGCGCAAUUUUCAAGUACAUCAUGCCGUACCUUCUUGGUUGGCAUACCUUUGCAGACUCGAUAAAUCCGGAAUAUUCUGUGGCGGCGGCGAGUGUGGCAAGCAAUGCCAACCCAAAAUAUGGAGGAGACUAUGAAUGGAACAGAUAG